UUGUGCCCACAGUACUGGCCAGAAAACGGAGUCCAUCGCCACGGACCCAUCCAGGUGGAGUUCGUCUCCGCUGACUUGGAGGAGGACAUCAUCAGCAGAAUAUUUCGGAUCUACAACGCAGCACGGCCUCAGGACGGAUACCGGAUGGUGCAGCAGUUCCAGUUCCUGGGCUGGCCCAUGUACAGAGACACGCCCAUGUCCAAGCGCUCCUUCCUGAAGCUCAUCCGACAGGUGGACAAGUGGCAGGAGGAGUACGACGGAGGCGAGGGGCGCACUGUAGUCCACUGCCUGAACGGAGGCGGUCGAAGUGGGACUUUCUGUGCCAUCAGCAUUGUGUGUGAGAUGCUCCAGCACCAGCGCUCUGUGGAUGUUUUCCACGCUGUCAAAACACUGAGGAACAACAAACCCAACAUGGUGGACCUGCUG